AUGAUCACACAACAUCAACGCCUUUCCAAACAGAUUAGCAGCUCAAAAUACGAUCUUAGAGUGUUUGGUUGGGCUAUGCAGCCAUACAACAGUCAUAUGGUUUUCCCGCCACGGCCACCAUUUUUGAGCCUGCACAACCCUUUAACUUACCCCUUUCAGUCACACUCUGCUCUUUUUCCUUUCCAUGGAACACCAUACGCAUUACCACCAUCUGUGUCAUUUGCUGACAAACUUGCUGAGUUUCUGAUUGUUACAGCAGAUUUGCUUUUUGAGGCAAGAUUUGGUUGUCAAAGGAAGCAGCGGCGAUGCCGAACAGCAUUCACGAACCAACAGUUGUCCACAUUAGAAAAGACGUUCGCUAAAACACAUUAUCCGGACGUCGUUAUGAGAGAGAGGCUGGCAAUGAUGACAAAUCUCCCAGAAGCCAGAAUUCAAGUGUGGUUUAAGAAUAGAAGAGCCAAAUUUAGGAAAAAGCAGAAAACUGCACCUGUUACAGAGCAGAGCAAACACCUAGAAGAUGUCGAAACGGAGUCACGUGAUCAUUCAGGUAAUGUCGAAACGCAGUCACGUGAACAGACAGGUGAGAUAGAGGUAGAUGCAGAUGCUUCUACAGAGACUGGUACUAAUUCAGACCAAGAAACGACAGAAGUCAUUGUGGAUGUCGUGAAUGAUGAAGAUGAUUCGUGUGAGAAAGAGACAGAACUUAAAUCUGGACUAGAAAAUGAAGAAUCAAUAGUAAACAACAGUAAUGGCUCUGAUCAUUCGCCUGUUAUUAAAAAAUCCGAAUUACGAAACAAGGAUGACGAAAGGGAAAACAAUCAUCGCAGAGAUGAAACAAUGUCACAUAAAAUGUCACCACAUGUUGGAGAACAAACUGGAAAAGAAAAAGUAACAUUCCCAUCUCCAACUGCGUUACCGCCAUUCCAAAUAUUUAAUAAUCAGAGACACUUAGGUAUCCCUCCGCCACACAACUUUGGAUUGCCUUUCUGUGUGCCUGAAGAAACCUUUCCAUCUUUGUUCCGCAAAUCCACAAGUUUCAGUAACGAUCUACCCAUGUCCUUCGGAAUCUACAAGAGGGAUGGCGUUGGAUCGGAUCCUCAUUUUAGCAGUAGUAUUGAAAGUCUCCGGUCGAGAGCAAAAAUGUUUUAUGAAUCUAUUGGCAAAAUGUAAAAUGGUGAAAAAUUUUCGUCUGAUUAAAACUGUGU